GAACUUGUCCUUCAUUUGUGGCUGGAGAUCUUGUGCUCGUGUGAGGAAGUCGUCACAAAACGCUACCAUCCCUGGUCCUUCCUGCGAAGCCCCGGAUGGGUGCAAAUUAAGUGUGAACUAAGUGCUAUAAAAGAGAUGGAGAUAAUCGAGCUGCCACGUCCUACUCACUGGAAGACCUUGGAUUUGAAACCGGGCUCGAUGUGCGCUCUCAACAAGCACGUAUUCCGUGCUGCAUUUAGCUCCAAUAAAGUCCUCAGCCAGUUCGCCUUCCAUCUGUAUCCACUGUGGGAAAUUGACGCCCAGUUGGACUCCUCCUCAAAGGCUUUGACUACUUAUGAGCACAAAUCGUUUCACAAGGCUAAACUACCACUGCGGUUGCUGAGUAAACUGCAUCUCGGUGUGCGUCCACUUGAUCCCUCCGACGACUGUGAUUUUGGUGCUUUUAAACGAGACACGGAGUCCACCGGCGACAUGCUAGUCAAGUAUCACCUCUUCAGCUGGGAGCUCUGA